AGUAUGCAUUCUCAUUGCAAUAAAAAAUGAAAAUUAAUCCCUACCCACAUCCCUCGCUAUACUCCAGGAACACGUCUGCAGACCUCAGUAGAUCUGUGGGUCGCGACACAAUUGAGGACAGCAAGGAGCUCAGUCUGCAAGGAAUUCGGACCACUGAUCAUCUGGGGCCUUGGUUAUGGCUUGGAGGGGUCUCCUCAACCUCCUGUCACCUGAGGACAUGUGACAGCUGAGGUUCCCUCCUGUCCUGAGACUGGCGGGUCGAGUGUCAGGACAGGGCAGGGACCGCUGAUUCCUGACUCCUGGGUGGAAGCCUCAGGGUACACUGAGGUCUCAGCCCUCAGCUCUUCUCUUUCCAGAAUCGAGUGGGUGAUGGACAACAACACCACGGUGAAGAUGGUCCCCAUCAAGAUCCUGCAUUUGGAGAGCCCGCCCGAGAAGGAGAGCCGGGGGAGCCUGGCCCCCGCUGCUGAGCUGCCCGCCCUGCCCAGCGGGCUGGAGAGGGACCAAAUCAAGACGCUCAGCACGUUGGAGCAGUCCUACUCCCACUUCUGCGUGUACACCCGGCAGGGUGCCGAGCCCAAGGCCCGGCCGGGCCAGCCCCAGCCCCCCGGUCCCCAGGCGCCCGCCGCGGAGGACAGCUGCGCCUGCCCUCCCGUGCUCAGCUAUGGGAAGGCCAAGGAGAAGACUGUGCAAGACCUCAAGUCUGAGGAGCUGGCCAGGGAGAUUGUCGGGAAGGACAAGUCCCUGGCCGAGAUCCUGGACCCCAGGGUGAAAAUCAAAACCACCAUGGACCUGAUGGAGGGGAUCUUCCCCAAGGAUGAGCAUCUCCUGGAGGAAGCUCAGCAGCGGAGGAAACUGCUCCCCAAAGUCCCUUCUCCAAGGACUGCCGAGGAAAAGAAGGAGGAGCCAAGUGCACCGCUGUCCAUGGCCCUGACCUCCAGCUCCAUGUACUACAGCACGUCGGCCCCCAAGGCUGAGCUGCUCAUCAAGAUGAAGGACCUGCAGGAGCAGCAGGAGUCCGAGGAGGAUUCGGGGAGUGAUGCGGGCCACGACCUGUCGGUGAAAAAGGUAGGGGGCAGAGAUCCAAGCCAGGGCAGCAGGCAGCAGCAGGUGGCAGCACCACGUUUCGUGUCCCCAGCACUCACCCUUGCCCACAGGCCACAGCGGCGGGUGGCAGCACCACAUUUCAGUGUCCCCAGCACGGACUCUUGCCCAUGA